AUGGCUGAAAGUCCAAGUUUGAAUGGGGAUAAUAACCCAAAUGACAUGCAAUUUUUGAUUAAGAUGCUGUCGGAAAUGAAAGCUCAAAAUGAAAGCCUUGUAUCUGCAUUAAAAAUCCAAGCUGAAAAGUCAGAGAAUCAGAUCACUGACUUAAAAAAUCAAAUGAAAGUUUUGAAUGAAAAAGUAACUUGUUUGGGAGACAAGGCUGAUACAGAAAAUGAGCAAAAAGACACCCCGACUCCCAAAGAAGUCGUUAAAUCAACCGAACCCGUUGAUACCAGUACAUCUCUGAACUUGACACAAGUUGGUGAGCUUAGUAACACUGAAAAAGCUGUGUUCAUGUCAAAAGCCGAACCGAAAUCAGCGUUCGAAGACAGUUUACAGUCUAACCCUUCAGUCCCAAUAAGUGAUAUAAGCAGUUUUAUUGUUGUCCAGGCACAAGUUCCAAAAAUCAACGGAGAUGACAAAGUUGAUGUUCUUGAAAAUUUCUUUUCGAUCUACAGAACCACUACGCUACAUUUUAGUGAAAUAUUAAAGAAAAACCUCCUUGAGACAAAGCUGACAGGUGAUGCUAAAGUAUGUUACAGAACUAUCCAGACGGAUUACCCGCUUUUAGAUGCUGAUAACUGUGUGAAAAUGUUAGAAAAAGAGCUGUUACAGUCAAAAUUCGAUCCUGAUAAGGCUAUGGCAGACUUCCAAAGACCUUUGUAUCGUAAGCACGAUCAACAUAUCAGAGAUUAUGCUCGAAGAAUCAAGAUGCUGGCUUGUCGAGCACUGAUUGGGUAUCCAAAAGAACUUCGAGAACGAGAAAUGAUUGCCAAGUUUUUGAGUGGGUUAAAUUGUGAACAGGCUCAUAUCGCGCUCAGCUCACAACAAACUUUGAAUCCAGAUUAUGAAUCUAUGGUGAAAGUUGCUUGCAAGGUUUACGAUGGAUUACAGGCUCGCUUACAAGUUAAACUACAAUGUGACAAUUACCGUCAAGACAGAAUGUAUGGUAAUAAAACUACUUCUACACCAGAAAAAAAGGUAUACCUUCAAAAUUUUGGAAAAUUACCUCAGGAUUUUCAGAAGCCCGGAAUGUGA